CCGUGCUGAGUCUGACAUCCUGCUCUGUAGGAGUCGGUUCAGCAUCUGUUCGGCAGCUCUCCUCCCGUUAGAUUCCCUCACACGUUACAGCAGUUCUGCAUGGACUUAGUCGAUAGGCCUACCUUUUUAAUAUCAAUUCUCGAGCUGCACAAAUAUUGACUUGAAUUGUUCUGCGCAGUGUCUAAAAACAAGGGGGAGUAUUUUUGAACGAUAUGGAAAAAGAGAGAAGAUCGUCUAAACAGUACGGCUCUCUGGAGAAGACGCAGGUGGACACAGCGACGGAGGAAUCGACAGAGGAUGUCAUUUCCAUGGCUGACUCCACGAUUACCAUCGAGGACAUUGAAGGAGAGCUGUGCAAAAUAGACCGCAUAAGAGACAUCCUCGUACGGAGGGAAUCAGAGCUGAGAUACAUGAUGGAUGACAUCCAGCUCUGCCGAGAAAUCACGAGGCUGAAGACGGAGCUGCAGAAACUUGUCUCGACUCCAGAUGAUGAUAAGUCCAAGGCGGACAGAGAGAGGGAGGAAGAGCUGCUGCAGCAGGUUAACAAGCUGGUGGAGACCAGAGACUUCCUGGUGGAUGACGUGGAGUUUGAGAGGCUCAGGGAAAGAGAGGAAGACAGAGAAAUGGCAGUCUUCUUACAGUCCAAAUUUCCUAAGGCAAAAGGUGCUUCACAAGAUCAAAACAUGGCGUCCAAAUCUCAGCAGACGUCAGCGCCGUUUAUCAGUAAAACUGGACUCACAAUGCUGAAAGAUUGCUGCGGCUUCACCUGCUCCAUCAUGUAAUACUGUGUGUGUGUGUGUGUGUGUGUGUCUGCCGUACUAGCAGUCACCUUUUGGCUGAAUGCGCCGCCAUCUGGCACUUCCUGUACCCGGCUCACAGUCACCUAUUCGCGGCUAAACACAAUUACCAACUGCCGCUAAUACGACGGAGCUCUGUAGCCGGCGAGCGAAGCUCUGUAGUUGGCAUCACGUGACCAGCCGGUGGUCGCCAAGUUUUCAUAGGAUAUCAUACCAAUUGGUGUGCAUACAUUUUAUGUACAUACUGCAUCGUACAAACCCGUUUAUGAGAAUCUGUUGCAUAGGUAGAGUAGGAAUUUGGCGUAAACAGCAUUACUGAUCUUGAAACGAAGGUGAUAUUUCCCCAGUAACAGAACUUUUGCUCCACCAAUUUGCCGGUCCAGUCAGAGAGACUGAGGGGAAAUGACACAAAGUUGAAGAAAUGUAAAGCAACGCUAUAGAGAACUUUUCCCGCUUCGGUCCCACUACAGAUUGGAAGAGGAAUUGUCCCAUUAUGUCUCAUUGGAACUACAGAUCCGCUACCCAAUCUGGCAAACUUGC